CGUUCGCGCACCUUUAAAACCAACCGUUACAUUUUUUACGAUCCCUAAAUUGAAUUAACGACCAACCUAAACACCCUCACCACCAUUGCAAAUUCCCAUGUCAUACCACCUCUAUCAAGGCUCAAACCACCCAAUCUUUCCAAAAUUAGUUUCGGAAAUUUGGACACAUGACUGCUGUUGGAGGGAAACCACCGCCAUGGCUUGUAUGGUCGACACGGUUCGAAUCCUCGUCGUCGCCGAAGCUAGGAUUCGUAUUCUCUAGACUACCCAACGGCGGUUCCGCCAUUACUUUGAAAUCGAGGGGCUCUUUGCGAAUCAAGGCGCUGGAUGGGUCGAGGAGGGUAGCUGUGAACGGAAAGGCGGAAGAUCUGAACGACAAAUCGACGAAUAGGCACGCUUCUAAUUCUGGGAAAAUCCCCAGCCAGUUAUCCACUGUUGGUAAUUCGAGAAACAUUAAAUGGCAUGAUUGUUCAGUUAGAAAAGUUGACAGGCAGAACUUACUCAACCAGAAAGGAUGCGUUAUAUGGAUCACAGGUCUCAGUGGUUCAGGAAAGAGCACUGUAGCAUGUGCUUUGAGUCAGAGUUUGUAUCAAAGGGGUAAGCUGUCUUAUAUUCUUGAUGGGGACAAUAUGAGGCACGGCCUGAAUCGUGACCUAACUUUUAAAGCAGAAGACCGUGCAGAGAACAUCAGGAGGAUUGGAGAGGUAGCAAAGCUGUUUGCAGAUUCUGGAGUUAUAUGCAUUGCUUGUUUGAUUUCUCCCUACAGAAGAGAUCGAGAUAUGUGCCGCGCUCUAUUACCAGAUGGUGAUUUUAUUGAGGUUUUCAUGGAUGUGCCUCUCCAUGUUUGUGAAGCAAGAGACCCAAAGGGCCUAUAUAAGCUCGCACGUGCAGGAAAGAUCAAAGGUUUUACUGGGAUUGAUGAUCCAUAUGAACCACCAUUAAAUUGCGAGAUUGUAUUACAGCACAAAAGAGGAUAUGGUGCUUGCCCAAGUGAAAUGGCUGAAGUAGUGGUUUCUUACCUUGAAGGGAAGGGGUACCUACAGGCAUAAAAAGAUGGUGGCUCUCCUUGGCUUUACAAGUAUUUGUUUUCUAACAACUGUACAGAGGUGUUUGAAUAGCAUCCGUUGGUGUAUUGAUUAAUUGAUCGAUUAAUCAAUGCCACCCUCAUUAUUUUUCUCCUUUGUACUUUGACUGUACCUGGAUGUUUGUAUAUGGUUUUCGGCUUGUGAAUUUAGCUCCUACCCCACCAAUUUGCAGUUGAAAGACUGGCUUAUGUUAACUUUACUUGUUUCAAUUGUUUAAUCAUAAUGAGACAUUUCUACCGAA